CUAUUUCUGUAAAUUCGCCGUAAAAUGGCGUCAAUCCGACUAAAGUUAUAGCAGAAUAAACAUGCCUGAUUUUUAGCUAAAUUAAUUUCAAAUUUCGGAGGUUCAGUGCUAAACAGAAUCGUUAUUUUUUAAUAAUUACCUAAAAGUUAAUUUUAAUUUUGGAAAUUUGAUGUUAUCUGUUUGAGGGAGAGUUUCGGAAAUUAAAUAUGUUCCUGUGUUCCUCAAAGUUUUUAAUAGUGUGCAGUUUGUUGGGUUUUGUAUCGUGUGGAGAUUUCAAAAAUGAAUCGCGAAAACCAAGAAUAUUUUCUUUUAAUGCGGAUGCUGAGGAUGUUGAGGUCGGGCUUGAUUUUUCAAUUCCAUUCUUAAAAAUACCCAUUAGGAAAACAAUCGACGCUGUCGCUCAAUUUGGUUUUCCAGGCAUUAGUGUCCCGAUAAUCAAUUUGAAUCCAGUAGCACUGAUGCUUGGGGGCUUAUUAAUACUAUCCACGAGUAUUUUUGCGCCUCUAUUGAAUAAAGCUACGUCGUGGCACCAUUACGACCGCUCUUCAAGAAUAGCCCUCGAAAACGACACUGAUUCGACUAUGUUCAUAACUGAAAAACUAUUAUCAAAUAGCCGCGGAUGUCCUGAGAGGAUAGCCUGUUGGUCCAGUCAGAGGAGUAAAAAUCCAGAGGUUAUGAACACUUUGAAACAAAUUAUGAGAAACAGACUUCUAUCAUCGAUGGUCAAUACAACAGCUUUGGAAAUAGCAACAACAAAGGGACGUAGUGGGCAAAACUGCGAACUUUACAACCCAUGUCCGAUAGACGAAAAUACUUUUCCGAAGAUAUUGAACAGUUUCACGAUUUUAACUAAUAUGAAAACACGUGGAUAGUUAAAUAAAUUGUAAGUUAGUUACAAAAUUUGUUGUUACGUUUUGCAAAAUAAAGUUAAUUCUAAGCAUUAAAAUGUUGUUUUCUUAAAACUAAUAAUAAUGUAAGAAUAAUUACAAUUUUGUUUUAAGCAUAUUAUUGAUCGCAAACGAUGGUCAAAAAAUUUUUUCAGGAAAGAUAUCACUCUUUAUGGUGCCUAAUUAUUUUAAAUAGUGUACUUAGGUAACUAUUUCUGUUUAAAAUAGUCAUACUAAAACGCUAUUACUUGGAUUUAUUUUUGUACAACUUUUGGUACCGAAACAUUCAUUAUAUUCUUAUCCAUUCUAUGUUACUUCAGAUACUU